GGGCUGGUGUCCGCUGACGGCGGCUGCCCCGAGCUGGAGGAGUACUGCCGUGUCGUGGUGCCCACGGGCUUCAGCCUCUGCGCGCGCGACGAGAGCGACGGCGGCAUGGAGGGCGUCGUCCUCAACGCCAUCCUGACCCCGGCGGACAGCCCCGCGCCCGAGACGGCGCGGGUGCGCGACGGCGACACCAAGUUCGACAAGAUCCUGGCGGUGAACCACGCCGUCGAGCUGGCGCACGACGUGUUCGCCGCCCACCCCGACGUGCAGGAGGCGCUCGACGUCAAGAUCCUGGCCACCGACCCAGACCGCGGCAAGAAGGGCGUCGCGUCCGAGCUCAUGCGCCACACAGUGGAGCUGGCUCGGGCUCGCGGCCUUCGGCUCGUGCGGUGCGUCUGCAGCGGCGCCUACUCGGCCCGGGUGGUGGAGCGCCUCGGCUUCUCCAAGCUGGGCGGCCUGCCGUACGACGAGUUCCUGGGCCUGGACGGGCAGCCCGUGUUCCGGCCGCCGCCGCCGCACCUCGCCAUCACCAUGUGGGCGCUCAGGCUGUCCUAGCCGUCGUGCAUUGUACAUUGCGACCCUACUGGUUAUUGUGGGGCGAGAAAAAUUAACUUUGCUGUGGAUUUUCGAGUGUUGUUGGAGUGUUCUGUUCAGUCGAAAUAAUGCUUCGGCUGGCUGCGAAUGCCAAGCAGAAGAGGCGAGCGGCUUACCGAGCGUCAGUCAGCUGUCCGUCAGGGAUCCAAAGCGAAGGGCCGAGAGCCGUUCUAGUGUUUGCUUAUGUACGGCAAGGCCGUUGUGGCCGCCCGGGAACGAUCGACCCGCUUCUUUAUUUACGUUGUACCUGUUCAUCCUAAUGUUCCUGUGUGUUUAAGACAAGACAAACUAUUAAAUGUGUUGUGCGUUUCAUAA